AUGCAAGAAUCGGAUUAUUUCAACUUUACAGGUACAGACAAUGACGAGGAAGUUAUCUCGCAGAGCUAUAGGAAGAAGGGUGCUCGACUGCGGUCAUCGAGCACCAGUUCAAGGCAUGUUGCGCUGACUAAGUACGGAAGCACUCCCAUCAGUCCGGGAGCAUCGCAUUUGAGGUCCCCAAACUCCACCCUGAACAUGGGGGUUUCGCCAUUGAGCUCUUUUAGACUUCCCAGCCGAAUUUCGGGAGGCACUCAAACACAACAACAGACGCCCAGAUCUACCUCUGCUGGGUCCUCUGCACAUUCGAGCAGAAGGGCGUCCCUGAGUGGUGCUGCCAACGCGAAGCUCACCUCUCAGCCGCUUUCGCCUAAUAAGUACGGCAAGAGCGAGGGUUCGAGCGUCAAACGACAUUCGUCGACAAACUCUGAAGGGGUCGCGACCACACCAACGCUGGUGAUACCGCCUGAACUGGCCUCUCUGAGCACCCAGAGCACUUCAGCGGUUCCGACCCCGCAGUCAAAUACCAUACCGGCGCAGCAUUCACUGUCAAACGGGAGCGGUGGGUCAGUGCAGGCCUCAGGUAGCAUUAGCAAUUCUGCUCAAGAUGCGCCGUCUCCGUCGUCAUCUACAAAGCCCACGAUGAACCUGGGAAAUGGUUCGACACCGAGCCUAAGAUCCUUUAAAAAGCAAUACGUUUUGAACGAGCAGCUCUACUUGAACAAGAUGAAGAAUAAUGUCCCUGAUGAGUAUUACACACGAGGAAUAACGCCCUCCUCCGUUACAGAGGAUAACGAUGAAUUCGACUUAGAAAUGGAAGAGCUUGAUCACGGCAUUGGAAACGAUGAUGUGCACUUCGGUACAAAUUUCUUUACUGCUAGUACAGAUAGCGAUAAUUUGGUCGCCAUGAGCUCUAAAUUCUUGUUGCAUCGGCUAGAAUGGGUGAGAAAAGCUGACCCUAAGAACCCCAUCGUGAAAGAAGUCUUUGAAGAGCUGGACUCUCAGACAACACCCGAAAACGAUUUUUCGCUGAGAAGCUUGGCCAAUCUCUCAUCAGGCACUCAGAAUUUGCUGUUGGAUUUAUCUCAGCAUCCGCUAGUCUUGGAGAGGUUCGAAUGGCAAACAAUGUUAUCAAACGUUUUGAGAGGUGAUAUUGUCAAAAGCGAGAAAAGCAAGAUCGCUCAGCAAGCUAAGAACACUGGUUUUAACAGCCAGUAUAGCGAUGACCUCUGGUUAGAACUAAAGGCCUGGAUGAACGGGACAUCGGUCGAGAAGACCAAAAAGCAGUUACAGGCGCUGAGGGAUUCAACGGACACAAUUUUUCAGGAAGUUCUCGAUUUUAGGCUUGCAGAUGGCGUUAGCGCAGAUGAGGCAGAACAUUUAAUUAGAACUCUGGUUAACAGGUAUUACAGAUCAGUGACUUACUGGAGCAACCUCAAAGAAAUGUAUCAUAGUAAGCCAAUAACUAAGACAGAGACGUUCGUGAGCAGGAUCGACGCCAUGAAUAGCUGGCUGACUUUCAAAUCCAAUUUUAAGUGUCUUAUAGAAUCCCUGAAACAAUGGGUCGGAAAUGAUGAAUUAGACUUUGGUGCAUUUCAUGAAGCAUCGCCAGAGGCCGAGGAGGAGAAUAACAGUAGAAGUCACUUUGCCGAACAAAUAAUGAAAGAAAAAGAUAUCGAGACUAUCUUCCAGAAGAAAAUUUUCUUUCCUUUAGCUCCUUGGAUUCUGGAAGCUAAGGUUUCCUACUUUCGAUAUAAGGAUGUGAUGAGCGAUUUGAAUUUGGCCUUUUCUAACGAAGAUCUAGAGUUGUUAGUUAUGUUUCCAACCAGACUUGUCAUACAAAUUAUUCACAUUCGGUUGGCUUAUGCCAAGAAACUCCAAAACCCCACGAUGAUGAUGAUUGAUCAAAUGAUAGAUGAUUUUAGUUCCUAUAUUAAACUCUCUGUCCAGUUGAAGUACACUGUUAUGAUUUAUUCGGGUGAUUGGCCUUUCAAUGUUAACAUCGAUCCCGACUUUGAUGCCACUGUUAUAGAAGCCAUACGAUACUUGUUCACUUUAUUACAUCUAAAGUUGAUUGACUGUACCAAAAAGUCUUUCAAAACGUUCAAAGAAGCAGAUGAACUAUACAAAUAUUGGGAGAAGCUAAAGAACGUUGGUCAUUACAUAGAUGGUGCUGGCAGAGUGAUUGCUGAGGAAUUUAAUAAGUUGGCACUGCGAUUGCUGCACAGACUCCAUUCCUACCUGUUGCAACAACAAAAUUCUCCUCCAAAAUUUACGGACAGUGCUGACGUAGAAAAAUGGUUGGUUCAGAUCUUCGAGAACCUUGGUUCUAUGAAGCGAAAACUCAAUAGAUUUACUAACGUACUAACGAAAGCAUUUCAAAAUUCCGUCAACUAUAAAAUUCAAGAUCAUAAAGCACUAUUGCAGAAACUGAAAGAUACUGGACACUUCUUGAUCUUUACUGGGGGAGAGCUUGAACAGCAAGGCAUCUACCUGAUUGGCAGUGCAGAGCUUCUAGGAUGCACAGAUGAAGACAUUCUGAAAAUUUUGUACAACUCUGAAAUUGGCUGUGAUAUGAUACCUAAACUUGAAAUAAAGAACAGCUUGUCCCUUUACAAUGCUGUAGAAAAAGAAUGGGAUCCAAACACUAUGAUCGUACAGGAAAUCGACGCCCAUGGCGUAUGUUAUUAUCAUAUACAGAGUGAAGAUGCAGUAAGCUUGGAAAACGCCGCCAGGAAGUCUAGGUUGCACGUUGAUAGUUUAUUUGACAAUUAUCGGGAUACUGAAAAGGAAAUGCUGGAUCUAGAGGCAAAGCUACAUUCUUUGGGCUAUGUUUUGAUAUUGUGUCCUGGGAAACCUAUGCUCUGGGAAGGUGAGAUGUAUAAUUUAUCGGAUGACAAAGCAAUUAAGGCGGAAGAUUUUAAUCAGAAGGUUGACCCCAAUACUUUGAUCCUAAUGAUACAAGGUUCUGGAUAUGCACUGGAAUAUCAGAAUGAUAGAUUUCAGCAGAUCGUCUCUGAUGCGGUCAGUUUCAUUGAAAGGCGCUGUUCGAAUGAGCAGGUGGAGAAUGACCUGCAGAGAUUUAAUAAAGCUUAUUUCAGAUUCACGUACAGUGUUUUGAGUAACUACAGGAAGAUUGUGAGCACAUUUCAAAAGACAUGUCCAGGGAACGAGGUGUUAAACAGCGUUUUUCUGUUUGCAAGAGAUUUUGGACGGAACUUUCUUCGCACAAACGUUACUACUUCUGAGAAAAAGUCGUUGAUCAUCCUCUUGAUGAUCAAGCUUAGCGUUGGGUGGAUCUCAUUUCUCGUUACUGAUUGUGACCCAACCGAUCAAAAAACCUUCAGGUGGUGCGUUCCAGCGAUGGAAUUUGCAAUGCAGAUGACUAGAGGCUGGAACGUGUUGGGGCUAGAUGAAGCACAGUUUCAAACUUUGAAGCAGAAGAUCUCAGCUUGUAUGUCACUGCUUAUUUCUCAUUUUGACGUUAUGGGUGCUAGGUCUGGUGAAGCAGACAAAACAUUGCUGCAAGCCAGACCAACUAUCGCCAUCGAAGAUGAUAUGGAUGACAAUUCCUUGCUUCAGAUCAACUCCGAGCUCCGCGUGCAAGCCAUUAAAGAACUAGAGAAAAAUACGAAACGUAAUCCACGCCAGAUUGGUAAGGUGUUAGAUGACACAGACACCGGAAACAAAUAUUUGCUUUCCCUGGCAUCUUCUAUCUCGAAUGUUUCUAUGAGGUGGCAGAAGAGGAACUUUAUCGGAGGUGGUGCUUUUGGAACCGUAUAUUCCGCUGUUAACUUGGACAACGGUGAGAUCCUAGCCGUAAAGGAGAUCAAAAUACAGGACACUAACACGAUGAAGAAGUUUUUCCCUUCGAUUAAAGAGGAAAUGUCUGUUUUGGAGAUGCUGAGCCAUCCGAACAUUGUUCAAUAUUAUGGAGUUGAAGUUCACAGAGACAAGGUCAAUAUUUUCAUGGAGUAUUGUGAGGGCGGCUCCAUGGCAAGUCUGCUCGAACAUGGUCGCAUUGAAGACGAGAUGGUGACGCAAGUCUAUACUCUGCAGUUGCUGGAGGGUCUAGCGUACUUGCACCAGUCCGGUGUUGUGCACCGCGACAUCAAGCCCGAGAACAUCUUGCUGGAUUUCAAUGGUAUUAUCAAGUACGUUGAUUUCGGUGCGGCCAGAAAGAUAGCCAAAAAUGGAACGGAGACAAGAAGUAUCAGGACCUCGGGUAGUGAUCCCGUGUCAGCUGAGAAGGAUAACGCAACAGAGCAAGAAGGUGGAUUGGCGCUCCAAGAUAUGAUGGGUACCCCAAUGUACAUGGCUCCAGAAUCCAUUACAGGUUCACCCAACAAGGGCAGGUUUGGUGCCGACGAUGUUUGGUCGCUAGGCUGCGUUGUUCUCGAAAUGAUCACAGGCAGACGGCCCUGGGCCAAGCUUGACAACGAGUGGGCAAUAAUGUAUCAUGUGGCUGCAGGCCACACCCCACAACUUCCUUACAGAGACGAAGUUUCAGCUGCCGGAAGCAAGUUUCUGCGCCGAUGCCUGCAGCAAGUCCCCACAAAGAGAGCCAGCGCAGUUGAGUUGCUCAUGGAUCCGUGGAUUGUGCAAAUUAGGGAUUUAGCCUUCGGACCCGAUGCCCAGGCGCCGGCUCAAGAGGGAACUAGUCCCGCGACAACACAAUGA